AUGCCCUCAUCUUCAUCCAGUGGGCCAGCCCUCGAACCCCAGGAGCACACUACGAUUAAUAACAUCCUUCGGCUUCUCUUUCCUCCAACCGUUCGUGUACGAAGCAUUCAUGCGUUGAGAGAACACCUUCACUCUCUUCAUAUUCUCGUUCUAUCUAAUGGAACUCGACUACUACUAAAGGGCUUACCAAGGCCGACAACGGCCCUUCUACGACGGGAGCGUUCACUGCUAGAAACGGAAGCCCGGGCCCUUGCGCUUCUCAAACAACGUGGCAGUCCAUGCAUCCCUCAGCUUUUCCAUUACGACUCGCGGGGUGACAUGCUGGGAUCUUCCUUUCUCAUCCGGCAAUAUGUGACGGGGUCAACGCUACAGGACAUGGAUGCUCAACUCACUGAUCAAGAUCGAGAUGGCAUCGACCGGCAUUUAGGGCUUAUGGUCAACAUGAUAGGACAGCAAAUUGCGCCCUCUUUCGGCCCACUCGAACAAGUGGCUUGCGGAUCUGGCAAGCAGUCAUGGCGGGAAGCAUUCGUGGCAUUGUUCGAGAGUGUUCUUCGUGAUGCUGAAGAUAUGUUUAUCCAUCUUCCUUACUCGCAGAUCCGACAUGAAAUGAGCCGGUUAGCAGCAGCCCUCGAAGGAGUGACACUGCCACAGCUGGUAGUGAUUGAUUUUGGCCGUCCUUCCCAGGUACUUCUGGAUCCGGAAUCCAAACAAUUAUCUGGGAUUGUAGAUUUCGGACAUGCACUAUGGGGUGACGUCUACAUGGCCGAGAUCUUUGAAAAACCAUCAUCUGCUGUGCUAGACGGCUUUGGUCUACGGUCUAGAAAAAGCAAGUUGGAAGAUAUUCGCUCACUUCUUUACGCUUGCUAUCGUUCCGUCCACGAAAUCACUGUCCAAUACUACCGAGAUCGAGACGAGACUACUGAGAUCAAUGCAAGGAGACGAUUAACAGCGGCAAUAGGGAAGAUGGCAUCUAUGGACAUAAAGGAAUGA